UGCUGACUCGAGUGUACGAAAUCCGAAUUAGAAACAGCAAAUAAACUGUCAGUAGCUAUAAUACAUCAAGACACUGUUUACGAUUAAUUGUGUACAACAAAGUGUGUGUGAUAGUGAUUCCACAAAGAGAUGUCUGAAUUAUUCACAAAAUAAAAUGCACGUAAACAACACGACUUGCAGCAUUUUCAAUUUGCAAUAUUCCAGUAGACCUCUGAACUUCCAAGCUAUACUUGACUGUGGAGCAGAGAAAAUUUAACAAAGAAAACAGCUAUCGAACCAGCCCGGGUCUCAUGACCACAGUCAUUAAAGCUGUCGCACAAAACCCAGUCGUUGGCCUCACGACUGUUCCUUGGUCGUUGCCACCGAAGACAAUUACUGAGCGUUAAUCGAUUAUUGGCACGAUGCCCCGUCCAAAUCGUCCAAACACGCUUAUAACCGAUGACCAUCGAAUACGCAUGGCUGCCGAAUCAGCGCUUAACGUAUCAUUGACUUCGCCGAGGGUCGCAAGUGGUCACUCCCAGAGUCUCAUGACACCAGAUGCGAUGGGUGAGAUUCUGAUCGGAGGAAUCAGACACGACGGCAGGAUGUCGAAUGUUCGGCGGUUUUUCUGCCUCUUCGUUACCUUCGAUUUUUUCUUUACUUUUUUUUUAUGGAUGUUUUGUAUCGUGAUCUCAGGUGCUAAUGUACAAACAGCUUUUGUAGAUGAAAUUAUACAUUAUCAGAUUAAAACGUCUCUCUCCGAUGUUGUUGCACUUGCAGCUCUUAGAUUCGUUAUUUUAUUAUUUUUUUACGCCGUGUUGCAAAUAGACCACUGGUCCAUCGUGGCGUUAACAACUUCGUCAACGUGUGCCUUCCUAUUAGCAAAAGUCUUUCUAUACACGUGGACUCAAUCGAAGCAGCCCCUGUUCGAGGUCCUGUUCAUCCUGAUCUCGUUUGUCCUGGUGUGGGGCGAGGCCUGGUUCUUGGACAUUAAAGUCGUGCCGCAGGAGAGCCUCGUUAGGGACUGGUACUCCGGCUACGCGAAUCUACCCUCCGAGAGGGAUCCGCUACUCGGGCCGGGUUCGAUUGUGCCGAGUGUCGUCGCGUCCAGGGAGAACGCGGGGCACUUUUACACGCCAAUGGACUCCCCGGACCACUCCGACGACGAAAACCACCAAACGCACCGCAAAGAGUCGAGCUCGUCCUUUUUGUCGGCCAAUUUGCCCGUCAAGCUUCCCCAGGAGAAGGUUGACGAGACAAAGAGGCAAGCCACUGCUCUACCAAAAAUAUGUUACGAUAUCAUUACGUCUCUCGAUUGGAAGGUGGAAAAAAUAACUUCAGAAGGUGACAUCGUCUCUUCCAUGUAUUUACCCAAGCCAGACGGAAAGAUUUUCAAAAUAACGGGAAAAAUCAAGAGUAGUGCGGCAAAGGUGAUUAACGAUUUGUACGAUAACAUUGAAAUUAAUUGCACGUGGAACAAACAGAUCAGCGAAUCGAAAAAGAUCUACGCUAUCGACAAAAACAUCGACUUUGUUUAUCAAGGAACGUCGCCUCUGGCGAAUGGCGCUCUGGGACCUCGCGACUUUGUCAUCUUGAGACACAAGGCAGAGAUCAACUCGUACCUCAUGAGCUGUGGCGCGUCCGCCAAUUUUGCUGUGAUACCACUAAGAAAAAAUUUCGUGAGAGGCGAGAACGGAGUCGGCUGUUACGCAGCCCGAGCUUUGGACGACGAAACGUGCGAGUUCGUGUGGCUCGUCAAUACCCACUUGAAGGGAUGGGUGCCACAAAAAAUGGUCGACAUGUUCAUGCCCAUCGGAAUGAUCGAGUUCAUCGUCUCGUUGAGGCAACACGUGCGAGAUUUGAAGGAUUGACGAAGGGAGGAUCAAUUGGGAGACAGUGAGCCGUUGAUCAAAAGAACUUGUGCAAGUGAGAGUAAAGUGUUUAUGAAGGGUUUGAGCGACCGAGGCAGCUUUUGCGUCAGAAAACUUUGAUGUUGAUUCAGUGAGUGAACGCGACUGUUGUUGUGGCAUUGUUUUCUCUUUAAGCGUGAAACUCAAACGAUGCCGGGUGGAGUAAUAGUUUGUUGUGUUCAUAGAAAAAAGUACAUUUUUCGAGUACGUGUAUGUCUUAGGAACAAAUUUUAUUGCAAUUUGCACGCGAUGUGUCGAUGAAUCAAAGAAAAAAAAAAUAAUACAAAGAAAAAAAUAACAAAAUAAAGCACACGAUCAGGCCUUACAGAUCGUGCGUGUCAAAUAGGAAAAAAAAUUUUUUUUUUAUUCUUUAGCGAAUUUAUAACAUUAACUUUAUUGUACAGUUUGGCAUUUAUUUUUUACGUGAUGUAUGUGAUAAUUAAGAUUAAACUCAAGCCAAAGCUACGCUUGAAUAUAAGCCUUUUAAUUGUGAUGCAAUGUUUCACGUGUGUCAGCCAAAUACAAACCGCUAACGAAUUUUAAUUAUUUCAUGUAGAAAUAACACUUUUUUGAGAUUAAUGCGCUCGGAUCAACGUAACAAAGACAUUCGGACGUUAUUCCUGAUGUUUGCUAUGUUAAUAUGUGAAAUAGAAAUUUAAAAAAAUCCAUAAUUACAACAUAAUGUUUGCUCUCUACGCAAGUGAAAAUUUUUUCUCGUCACAUUUGAAAGUAUCUUGUUGAUGAUAUUUGUACGAAUUUAUUGUUAGUGUAAAUGUAACAAUUUUAUACGCAUAAUAAAAAUCAUCAAACAUAUAAUAUUUUUACAGCACUGCACAGUGAAAAGUUUAUAUAGUUUUACUAAAUUGGAUGUUGGAAAUAAUGCGACAAUUGAAA